GCCGAGGGAUGUCCGGCAAGGAAGGCGAGGGCGCCGCUGGGGAGGAAGGGGCGCAAGCGGAUCAGGAGGAGGAGGUGGUGGAAGUCCGCCUGGGCGAUCGCCGCUUCCCUCCGGUGCGCAAGAAGCGUCUGAUCGAGCAAAGCGAUUACUUCCGCGCUCUGUACCGCUCGGGCAUGCGGGAGGCAGCUGGGGGGGACUCCGGGGUGGCGGUGCAACAGCUGAGCGGCGGGCUGAGCGAAGCCGGUUUGGCUCAGGUCUUGCAGUUCGUCGAGACGGCGCGGCUGGCUCAGGAGGAGCCGCCCGAUGAAGGGGCUCUGGCCGAGCUGGUGGAGGCCGCUUCCUUCCUGCAGGUGACGCCGCUGCUCAGCCUGCUGCGCUCCCGGGUGCGGCUGCCCAACUGCCUGGAGCUGCAUCAGCUGGCGCAGGUCUACGGGCUCCCCGAGCUGCGCGAUGCUUGCCUCGACUUCAUGACCGGCCGUCUGCAUCAGCUGCUGGCCCGGCCCGAAGCCCGCCUGCCCUUCCUGCUGCCCGACGCCCUAUCGCACCAGCUCCGCCAGCGCCGCCACCGAGGCCGGCCGGCUCUGCUUCUCCUGGGCAGCUUCCCCGACCGGCCAUCGCUGCUGCACUACGAGGAGGAGAAGCGGCUCUGGGAGCCUCUGCCGCCCGCCGAACCUCCCGCCGACCUGCUCCAGGUGCGCGGCUUCGGCUGGGCUGCCCUGGACAACUACCUGUUCGUGGCAGGUGGCUACCGGCCGAGCAGCCAGGAGAUCGCAGCCGCCCACCGUUACAACCCCUGGCUGAACGAGUGGCGCCAGCUGGCCUCCAUGAACCAGAAGAGGGCUAAUUUUAAGCUCUUGGCCGUGAGUGGGAAAUUAUAUGCCGUCGGGGGCCAAUCCCUCUCCAGUGUUGAGUAUUACAACCCGGAGCAAGAUGGCUGGACCUUCGUGGCACCUUUACCAGCUCCCCUUGUGGAGUUCUCGGCCUGCGAAUGCAAGGAGAAGAUCUAUGUCAUGGGAGGCUACACACCAAGAGACCGGAAUCUGAAUAUCUGGGAAUAUUGUCCCAUCUCUGACAAGUGGACUGACUUUGAAACCUGUGGAUUGCACAUCCGCAAGCAGCAAAUGUUAUCGGUGGAAGAGACCAUCUACAUAGUUGGCGGCUGCAGCCACGACUUGGAUUCCGAUAAACGAUCUGGUCAGAAUGAGGAUAUGUUAACCGUGCAGUCUUACAACGUGGUUACCAAACAGUGGCUCUACCUCAAAGAAAACACAUCAAAAUCGGGUCUGAACUUGACUUGCACUUUGCACAACGAUGGGAUUUACAUCCUGAGCAGAGAUAUUAUUUUGUCCACGAGCUUGGAGCACCGGGUUCUUCUAAAAUAUAAUAUAUUUUCCGACCGGUGGGAGUCGCUGAGAAACUUCCCCACCCCUGGACAGAACAUGUUGAUCUGUUCCUUGUAUUUUCCAAAUCUGAUCUGAAUUCCAUUCAUGGCAGAACAGAGAUUUCUUCAUCUGUUGACCAAUUUUUUUUUUUUUUUUUUUUUGCACAGUGGCUCUCAACUUCGGCCACUUUAAGACACAUAAACUUCAACUCCCAGAAUUCCCCAGCCCAGCAUGGAACUCUGGGAGUUGAAGUCCACAUGUCUUGUGAUCCAAGGAUGGGAAACUCUGCUUUUACAGAAUGUUUUACGAUACGAUACUCAAAAUGUUACUAUUGCAAUUGAUAAAAGUGGGAGGAGGCCAAGGAUAAAUGGGUACAGAUGCAAACUGAUGUGCAUCAGUCUAGCUUCGCUACAAGGGGUGUGAUGCCGAAACGAGAACUUUAUUCACUUCGAGGUUAUCAAGCCUCUGCCGUUGGGUGUUUAACAUCAGGGAAAAUACUAUGAAUAAAUUUACUGUUUCGUA